AGAAAGGAGACAUUUUUUUAAAUCACUUUUUCUUUAUGCAAUGGGAGGGUAUCUGUUGACAUUAUUUGAAUGACCCUACUUGACCUCACAGGGAACAUGUAUUUAAAAAGAAGGCUUCAAACCGACGACGUAUAUCAAGGAUCAUGCUUUUUCAAUAUUAGCUACAUUUAAGACUGCAAAUGAGUGAUGGCUGGGAAAGUGGAAAAGGUCUCCAAGUACGAAACUUUGAAGCUGCUGGAAAAGUGCCGAAAGGAAAGAGACGAUGCUUUGCACCGUGAGAAUGUAAUGAGGGAAAAACUGAGACAACAUGAAUCUCGAAUGAGGUCAACCGAAGCUCUCAAACAGAAAUUGAAGCAAUUGACUUUGGACAACAAGGAGCUGCGCAAACAGGUCAAAGUCCUACGGGCUGAAAUUGGUUUAGAGUCGAGUCCGAAAUUUCAUGGUAAAACCACCAAGGAUAUAAUCAACGAGUUGCACCAGAAGGAGAAGGAGUGCGGUUCACUAGUUGAAAAAGCUGGGAAAUUGAGUUUGACCAUUGAUGAAUUGACUUCAGAACUGGCCAACACCGUGACCUCAAAGACUCUGCUGGAGGACCAAGUGCAGUCACUGCAACACAAUCUGAGGGACAUGACGAAUAAUCAGCGACGUCUUCUGAAAUUAUGGGAAGAUAAAAAGGCGCAGAGGGAACAGCUGUCACUACCUGCGAUACCCCAGAGACCUGGACAAAAGCCUGUUUUUCAUAAAGGCGUCCAGACGGAGAUGUCCAUCAGUUCAACUCCGAUAUUUCCGACAAAUGCAUUUGAGACCAAGACGCGUCGUGAGAUUGACAAGAGCAGAACCAGUUUGGAAAGACGCAGCAUCACUUUAGCAAACGGCACACAUCGGGAGAAAAAUGCUUUGAUUCAGAAUGAAGCGAAAGGAAUACACAACUGACAAUUAUUUAAUGAAACUGUCUGUCGACAUGACACAAGACUACUUUAGCCGAUUCAAAACUACAUUAUUAAUAAAUUAAAUUAUUUAUAUUUAUGCAUAGCUAAUCUAAAUAAUUGUACAUAGUAAAUAUUAUUGUAUGUAGGGUAGCAAGGGGCUAAAAGCACACCUUAAGGAAAAUUUGCUUUUUUUCUGGGCACAGAGUGUAUAAAGCUUGAGGGUUGGGGGGUGGUUAGAGAUAUUGUGUAAAUACAGGGACAGUAGUUGUAGGGCAAAAUUGGUCAGCUCAUGCACAUACACUCCCGAGACAGCAAGAUGCUUUUUUGAGUAACAAAUUAAGUUAACCCUUUCCUGUUAAUUACAAUCACAUUUGGCAUUUUAUAAAUGUAUCUCCAUUGUGAUUGGAUCAGCCAAUGUGAGCCCACUUUGAACAUUACUGAAAAACAUUUGAUUCAAUCACCUGGAACAAAACUGAAAAUGACAAAUAAGUAUUUUGUCUAAAAAAGUGUGAUCGUUUCAGGGAUUCUCAUUAGCUACAUACAUUUGCUAUAUUUUAAAAAUUAAUAAAUAUAUAGCCUAACUACCUCAAAUUCAAACUUUAGACAUUACACGCAAUGAUCUCAUGGAUCAGUAAUAUUUUGCAGUGUAAGUACUGUGGUGGUUUUUGUUGCUGUUUUGUCUUAGGUGAAAAUAAAAUCAAAAUAGCCUUUUACACUGGAGGUGUACACCGCUGUACCCAUUGUAAGAUUGAAUCCCGGACAGUUGCUGUUUUUUUUUUUUUUUUUUUUUUUUUUUGUGUGUUUUUGUUUGUUUUUUGUUUUUGACUGUAGUCUCAAGUAUUACUGUACUUUUAUAUGUUGAUGUUGGCUGUAAUGUCCACAAAAAUGUGUAUAAUCAUUUACGGACGUUUAACAUGAAAGCCAAAUGUAAUUUAUUCAAUGUAAUGCAGCUUUUUUCGUCUCCAGUUUGGAUAA